GUGGAAAUCUCUUGCCAAUGGAACAGUGGCAGCCAAGGUACGCUGGCGGUGGUGUUGCGCCUGGUAUCCGACAAUCUGUGCCACAAGUACUGCAACCAGGUCAGAUGGGUCAACCACCCUUGCAAGCCAAUCCGGCAGGUGUAAGGCCAGGUGCAGCACCCCCACCUAUGAUGCAAAAGCAAGCCCUCCAACAGCUCAUGCAAACAUUGCGCUCGCCUCAGUCUCCAGAACAGCAACAACAAAUACUUUCGAUACUUAAGUCUAAUCCUCAGCUUAUGGCAGCAUUCAUCAAGCAGAGACAGCAGGCACAGCAGAUUCAGCAGGCAGGUGGUGGCGCACCUCCCCAACAACAGUUACAGCACAUUCUCAACACGCAACCGAAUGCUAAUCAACAGCACCAAACUAGAAUGCAAAUUCAAAGUGGAAUUAUGAAUCAACCAGGCCAAGGCUUAAACCAAGGACCUGGCCAGCCAAUGAGUCAGCCUCAGUGGUACAAACAUCAACAGAUGCUAGCGAUCCAAAGGCAGCAACAGCAGCAAGCACAUCAACAGCAGCAGCAAGCAGCACAUCAACAGCAGCAGCAGCAGGGUUUCCAACAGCCCGGUGCUUGCCCAACGUAUCAACAGCGAUUGCCAGGUAUCCGGCAGCCACACCUAGGAUAUAACAAUUCCUUUACUGAUCAACAGUAUCCUCAAAUGCAAGGACUGAAACCAUCGCCAUCGUCAGUUACAUCACCGCAAGGGGUGAUGGGUCCUCCUCAAGUUCAGGGGAUUUCUGUGCAGCAACAGCAACUGAUGCAGAGUGUACGGAGUCCGCCUCCUAUUAGAAGUCCGCAACCUAGUCCAUCAUCAAGAGCCGCCCCAAGUCCUCGAAACCAGGCAGUUCCGAGCCCUCGGGGGCCUCAACCUUCGCCUCAUGAUCUCGCAACAUCAGAAAUGCUUUUGAGUCAAAACCAUUCGAAUGCGCUGCAUCCACACUCAUCGCCUGCAGGAGUUUCGAAUCAAGACAACAACGAAGUGCCUACCAUGACUCCUCAAGACCAGCUGAGCAAGUUCGUGGAGCAACUUUAGUGGUGCCGCGCGUUUCUUUCUAACAAACUGUCAGACUAAACAGUGAAAAUUUAUGCAUAUACAUGUAAAUAUUGUACAUUUUGAAAAUAUAUAAAUUUGUUUUAUGUAUUAAAUAUACAAAGUUGUAAAUAUGUUACAUAGAAAACUGUACCAUACUAUAUAUAUGUAUACAUAUAUUAUAUAUAUAUAAUUUUUAGUGAAUUGAGUAAAAUCAAGAUACCCAAAAGUAUUUAUGGCUUUGCGAGGCUGUGUUUAAAAUAACGGAUUGUUACCCUAGUGACGGUAGACUUUGGCAUAGCUACGCACCUGUUGCUCGUUUGUUUCUCAUUUUUACAAAUACAUGUGACAUUUUAUGAUAGUGGCGCUGUAUGAUAUAGGCGAAGAAAUUUUUACCGAAACUUUUUAGUGUCGCGUCGGUAGCUAUUGUGAUGGUGGUUUCCUCGGAGGAGGGCCUCCCUAAUUGUUUUUAUAUAAUAUAUUUAUAAUUUAUAUACCUAUCAUCUUUGUUUUCAUGUGUUUAAACAUUCCACGAAGUGUGGGGUGGUGCGGUGCUGGCGCUAACGACAAUCCUGACCCACGCCAGUGCAAUAACUUAUACAACACUCCCUCCUAAUUUAUUACUGAACAUACAUCAAUUAGAUUAAUUAGUAAUAAGAAUUAUAUAAAAAAUAAAAUGAUAUUGAAUAAAAA